AUGCGGGCGUUGGAAGACCUCGUUUCUGCCGGAAUGGUGGACUACAUCGGCGUCAGCAAUUUCUCAGUAGAAGACAUGGAAGAGGCGCAGUCAGCUCUCAGGAAUAAUCCCAUCGUGUCCAACCAAAUUCUAUACAACCUGCGCCGUCGCAGCGCCGAACGCGACGUUAUACCGUUCUGCCGGCGAAACAACAUCACCGUAAUAGCGUAUUCCCCGUUGGCCGAGGGUGCGUUGGCCGGCGGCCGAAGCAGAAGACUACCGAACGCUCUGGGCCUUGGCCGCGCUCAAAGUGUUUUGAACGAUGUGGCCGAUGAUGUCGGCAAGACCACGGCACAAGUCGCGUUGAACUGGGUGGCCGACCAACCGGGGAUGGUGGCCAUCCCGAAAAUCGAACAGCCUGGAGCGAACCGCGGCUAA